ACAUUCGGUCACAAAUAAAAACCUUCCGGUUUAACAAAUGGCAAGACUAACAUCAGAUCAUCCUCUGGUGAUUGGGCGGAUCGUCGGCGAUGUUGUCGAUAGCUUCGUUCCAAGCGUGAAUAUGUGUGUAAAAUACAACUCAUCAAACCAAGUGUACAAUGGUCAUGAACUGUUUCCUUCUUCUGUCACUGUUAAACCUAGGGUUGAUGUUCAUGGUGGUGACAUGAGGUCCUUCUUUACACUGAUAAUGACAGAUCCAGAUGUUCCUGGUCCUAGUGAUCCAUAUCUCAGGGAGCAUUUACACUGGAUAGUUACUGAUAUCCCAGGCACCACUGACUCCUCUUUUGGAAAAGAGAGAAUGCGCUAUGAGAUGCCGAGGCCAAACAUCGGCAUUCAUAGAUAUGUGUUUCUCCUUUUCAAGCAAAAGGGAAGACAGACCGUGAGCUGCCCAUCUUCAAGAGACCGAUUCAACACUAGAGCCUUUGCUCGUGAAAAUGAUUUGGGUUUACCAGUUACUGCUAUUUUCUUCAAUUGUCAACGAGAAACUGCUGCCAGAAGACGGUAGUUAAUUAUUGUUGAAAUCAAAUAAUAAAUUAAUCACGAAAUAAAUAAUCGAGGAGGCCAAUGUAACUCCUUGCAACUUUGUAGUUCCAUCUAAAUAAGCACAAUAUAAAUUGGUUGUAUGGUAUUUUCAAGUGAUCAAACAAGUUCUUC